AAGGGACGAAUUUACUGUAGGGACUAUGUGGGUUUUUUGGGGGGGAGUGGCGUAUUAUAGCCUAGAGACAGGGACGGACACAGAUCAUCCAUUUAUCUGGUACCGGGAAUUUUUGGUUCCCUUCAACUCUUUAAUGGUACUGAAAGUUGUCCAUAGAAAACAUGGGAGGAAUCCGGGAUUUUAGUGUAGCGGUCGGAGGACAGCAGCGUGUCCACCCAGAAAUGCAGCAUCAAAUACAGAUCUUUUCACUUGGACCCGUCCCCCGCAAGAGACCCGCUACUACCACUAACUAAGGAUGCCUAAACAUGAUCAUCGUGAAGACUUGGCCGAGGCGUCUGCACUCCAGCGGAGGCGUUAUAAAGAUCUGCAGAGGCAAAGCCGAGUGUUUGAUGCUAGAGUCAGGACAAUCGGGAUUGACACGGAAGCUUUGGACACGCAAAUCAAAGACAGAAGGAUUCAAAAAGCAACUCAGAAAGCACAAGAUGACUCAAUAGCUGCAGAAAUGAAGCAAAAUGACAAGAUACUCUGCAUUCUAGAUGAACGACAGAAAAGGGACACUCAACAUCUAAACAAAGCUCUCAAUGAAUUUCGGCAAAGUUAUCAGCAGCCAGAAACACGGCGUGAAUUUGAUCUGUCUAAUCCACAAGCCCUAAAGAAAGAGAUGCCUGCACGUCUUGCAGACAGUGACCCUCGAUGUACUGUAUCUGGCUUGCAGAAGUUUAUGGGAGAAGAUUUACAUAGUGAGAACAGGUGGAAAUUUCAGAAGGAGCAAACUAGAGAAUGGCUUUUGCAGCAACACAAAGAGUGGAUGAAUGCACUGGCAGACAAAAAAUUUGCAGAUGAUCUCCAUGACAAACACAGACUGGAACUUGACCAAAGAGCAAUGAACCUUCAAAGAAUAGAUGAAGAAACACAACGGGCCAUUUGUGUCACUACUAAGGAAUUCAAUAAAGCUCAGGCUGCCGAAUCUGAACAAAAAAGGAAACUAGAAAAGCAGCAAGAAUUAGAAGAUAACAUUGCUGAGAUUUCAAAUCUGCUUAAAGGAGACCUGCUGUCUGAAAACCCACAGCAAGCUGUCAGCUCCUUUGGAUCGGGUCGAGUGAUUACUGACCGAUGGAAGGGAAUGAGCCAAGAGCAACUGAAAGAAAUACGUGAUAUUCAGAUGCAACAAGUCCUGGAGAAGCUGAGGCUGGAGGAAGAGGAACGUCAAAGAAAUGCAGAGUGGGACAGACAGCGUGUUCAGGCUGCCAGGGCAGAAUUGCUAUAUGAACGUCAUCAGCAGCGCCAGAAUAGAGAGCUUCGGAGAACAUUAGAUAAUCUUAACAUGCAGCUCUCCCAGGAACAGAAAUCAAGGAACUCUUAUCUUGAUGAAGAAGUAUAUGCAAAUUUUCCUUCUGGCCAGUAUUACACACAAUUUAACACAACUAGCCGAUGAUGUGGAGCUAGUAUUAUUUGCCUUUGGAGAUAUGUCUAGAAAAUUUGUAGAAAUAUAUAUAACAUUCUUCUUUUCUUCAAAUAUUUAAUAAAGAUAGUAUCAAUAUUGUUUUUCUUGGCAUCUGACAAUUAUGAACACUUGUUUUGUUUUCGUUCUAUAAAAAACAAAGCUGUAGAAAAAGGAAAUCUGAAUUAACACAAUGUACAAAGAAAGAAUAAACAAUACAAGUUUACAGUU